AUGAUCAAAGACCAACAAGAAGCUCGAGCCAAGAAGAAAAUGGAAAAGGUGAUGAAAAGCGGCUUGGCAGGAAUGAUGAAUGCGCCAGGUUCAUCUCAUUCAGACCAGGCAGACGAGAAGGGCGCGGUACCAGCUAUCUAUCUGCCGAAGUUUGAUCAGCUACUCGACCAAGAAUUGAUAGAUGAAACAGCAAUUGAGAACGUAUUAACGAGUGCACAGAUCGAGCAACUUGAAAAGGAAUCGUCUGAGGCCUUGAAGGUGACCGAAAACACCUUAAAGUCGAUCAAACAAACCGAAUCAUCUUGA